AUGUCGACCACAACUACUACAACUGAGACGUUGAUUGCGAGGUUGGUUUGGGAGCCAUGGUGAGUCCUCUCUGAAGAGUUCCUCAUUUUCUGUGCAAUGGAGAACUGUGGCUGGAAGGCUCCCGUUGCUGAGCAUCGAGGUGAGUCUGGUGUGGUUUCUGAGUGUUCCACUGCGGGCAAUGAUUCUGGACGGGGGAAUCGAUGGCGGUCUCAAUGGCGGUCUCCCCUUCUCUUCUACCUUUUCUACACCGCCACACCGCCCGUCGAUCCUCAUUGGGGCCAACAUUUCAUCAUUCAUCAUCCAUCCAUUCAUGAUUGCUUUUUCAUUCUUCACCACUAUUGAACGCCAAGAACAACCUCCGACAUUCUUCACGGGCUCAAUCUCACAAUUUCAAGUCGGUCUUGCAACAUCUGCGAUAGAUACAUCCCUGAAGCCGAAACUGAGAUUGCCCCUGGCUUACGGAGUACUACUUCUCUGCCUUGAUCUCCGUCUCGUGGCCGUGUCUAUUUCGUGUGUCCGACUUCGCUCCGACUGACUCACUCACGCGAUCAAAACCACCGCCUUUGCCCUGCGUCUCACCGCAUUCCAUCACAUCAUUAUCACACGUCACGUGAAUUCGGCCGUUCAUUGAUCCCCCAGAAUCAUCUUGGUUUUAGAAACUUUUUUUUUCUGUCUCGU